UUGCCAACCGCCAAUAAACCCAGAAAAGGAAGAAGUAACUGGAGGAGCGCGAGGAGCGCGACUGGGGGUCCCGCUAAACUUCACAAGUAGAUUUGCAUUGCGAAAUCGCUUUCUGCCUGAUUCGCGCGACCAAGUAUCGCGACUGACGCAAAAUAAAAUACACGCUGCAUUUUAUGCAUUCGUGCUUAUCGCAUCUGCCGCUCAAGUUGGAAAAAACCGGACCCCAGCUUCAAGUCGCGCCACGACAACCAAUCAGGAACCUGGUGACGCGACGCUCUGGCCUAGUUCAAAGGGGCAGGUCCAGCCAAAGUCAUUUGUUCUUCAUUCAAUAUGUGGGAAAGGCUCAUCAAGGCAGUAGCCAGCCACCCAGAGCUGUAUGACAUCAACUGCGCUUUCUACCGAGACAGGAAUAAAAAGGACCUAGCUUGGAGAAAGAUAUGUAAAGAUAUAGGGCAACCUGAGGACAUCUGCAGGAGAAAGUGGAAGAGCCUCAGGGACACAUACUCCAAGGAGAAGAGGGUAGUUAAGGAGAAGAGUAGUGGGUCUGAAGCAGUAAAGGGGAGGAAAUGGAGGUUCUACACGGUCAUGGGGUUUCUGGACCCCUUCCUCACCCCGCGGGAGACUAGCUGCAAUAUGGUGCGGACCCUGGAGAACAUCCUUCCCGAGGACCAGAGACAGCCCGAAGAGGCAGCAGCGAAGUCCCAGUCAGAAGUGUCUGAUGUGGAGAGGAGGACCAGGUCUCUGCGGACACAGUACGGGAGGGUGCUGUAUCACCCGGAGAAGCUGAGCGCUGGAGAGCAGGAGAAGCUGAGCGCUGGAGAGCAGGAGAAGCUGAGCGCUGGAGAGCAGGAGAAGCUGAGCCCUGGACAGCAGGAGAAGCUGAGCCCUGGACAGCAGGAGAAGCUGAGCCCUGGACAGCAGGAGAAGCUGAGCCCUAGGCCGGGAAGCUGA